UAUGUCAAUAGCACACAUUCUGAUUAACAGAGCACUUUCAGGGUUUACACUGAUUGCAAGCUCACAGUUGUCUCAGGAAAAGGAGAAGGCUUCAAUGGAUCCAGUUGUGGUCCUGGUGAUCAGUCUCUCCUGUCUGCUUCUCCUCUCACUAUGGAGACAGAGAUCUGGGAGAGGGAAACUCCCGCCAGGACCCAUGCCUCUGCCAAUUAUUGGGAAUAUCCUGCAGAUAGAUGCUAAAAACAUCAGCAAAUCCUUAACUAAUGUGUCAAAAGUCUAUGGGUCUGUGUUCACUUUGUAUUUGGGUACGAAGCCCACUGUAGUGUUGCAUGGCUAUGAAGCUGUGAAGGAAGCCUUGAUUGAUCAUGGACAAGUAUUUUCUGGAAGAGGCAGUUUCCCAGUGACUGAUAGAGUUCAUAAAGGAUUUGGAGUUGCUUUCGCUAAUGGAAACAGAUGGAGAGAGAUGAGGCGCUUCUCACUCAUGACUCUGCGGAAUUUUGGGAUGGGGAAGAGGAGCAUUGAGGACCGCAUUCAAGAAGAAGCCCGCUGCCUUGUGGAGGAGUUGAGGAAAACCAAGUCCUCACCCUGUGAUCCCAACUUUAUCUUGGGCUAUGCUCCCUGCAAUGUGAUCUGCUCCAUUAUCUUCCAUAGUCGUUUUCAUUAUAAAGAUCAGAAUUUUCUCAAAUUUAUACAGAAAUUACUUGAAAACCAGGAGAUUCUGAGCUCUCCAUGGAUCCAGGUCUGCAACAAUUUUCCUGUUCUCAUGGAUUAUUUUCCGGGGAGUCAUAAAACAUUUUUUAAGAAUAUUGGUGAUAUGAGAGAGUAUUUUUUGGAGAAAAUAAAAGAACACCAAGAAUCCCUGGAUAUGAACAGUCCUCGGGAUCUCACUGACUGCUUCCUGAUCAAAAUGGAAGAGGAAAAGGACAAUCCACAGACUGAAUUUACCAUUGAAGCCUUAGUAAACCUUGUGAAUGACCUGUUUGCAGCUGGGACAGAGACAAUAAGCACCACUCUGAGACAUGGACUCCUUCACCUGUUGAAGAACCCAGAGGUCACAGAAAAAGUCCAGGAAGAGAUUGACCAUGUGAUUGGCAGACACCGCAGCCCCUGCAUGCAGGACAAGAGCAGUAUGCCUUAUACAGAGGCUGUUCUGCAUGAGAUCCAGAGAUACAUUGACCUCGUCCCAACCAGUCUGCCCCAUGCAGUGAACUGUGACACUAAAUUCAGAAACUACUUCAUCCCUAAGGGAACAACCAUAAUAACAUCCCUGACAUCUGUGCUGUGUGACAGCAAAGAAUUCCCCAACCCAGAGAAAUUUGACCCAGGCCAUUUCCUGGAUGAGAAUGGCAAAUUCAAGAAGAGUGACUACUUCAUGCCUUUCUCAACAGGAAAACGGGCUUGUGCAGGAGAAGGUCUGGCCCGCAUGGAACUGUUCUUAUUCCUGACCACCAUCUUACAGAACUUUCGCCUGAAAUCUGUGGUGGACCCAAAGGAUCUUGAUACCACCCCAGUUUCCAGGGGGCUUGUCUCUGUGCCACCUGCAUACCAGAUCUGCUUCAUUCCUGUCUGAAAAGAGCAGUCUUUUUGGCUGCUGCUGUGGUGUCAUCUGGAAUCUCCUCUUCGGGGCAUGCUCCACUUCCUUCCCUGUCAGUUGUCUCCUCUGACCUGCUUUUCACCACCCUAUUCCUUUGAAUUCCAGUGAACAUGGAACCCCACUGUAGAAUGUGUACUCAGUUUUCACAAAGGCAUGCUUCCUGUUCCCUUACUCCAACACUUGCAUUAGCCACUCUGUAUUUUAAAACAUUAGUGGCUUUUCACUAUACCAUCACUUUAAACCAGGAAGAAUCUGGGGGACAUUAUGAGAAGUGCAAUAAGUCAUGCACAGAUAGAUAAAGUCACAUGGUUUCAAUUUUUGAAUAAUAUAAACAUGUCAAACUCUUAGAUUAGUGAUAAGUAAUGAUUACUAGAAAUUGAGACCGGGUGAGGGUAUGAGUGGAUGGAGAAAGAAGAGAAGCUAGUUAAAGGUUCAGAGUUUAGGGUAGACAGUAGGAAUUAGUUCUAGUGAUAUAGUGUAGAACAUGGUCCCUAUUAUUAAUAAUGAUUUGUUGCAUAUUUCAAGAUACUUAAAAGGGGGAGAUAUUACACAUCCUACCCAUAAUAAAGGACAAAUUUUGAGAUAAUGACUAUGUUAAUUAUCGUGAUCAAUCAUUGUUCCAUGAAUACUUAUACCACAAUGUGCCCCAUAAAUACAUAUGAUCACUACUUCUCAACUAAAAAAGAUGUGGAGUAGAUUAAAAAUUAAAAUGCACAUGAAAUCUACAUUGUUUCUAUUUUUAACAAUCUUCAUUGGAAAAGGGCAACAUAUUAAUGAGGUGUUGACAGAAGUGUGGAACAACAGGCAGAAUUAUACCCUGACAGAACAAUUUCUCAAUAUUGCUACUCUAAUUAUCUUACCAAAAUUUAUAAUUUUCCCUUCACCACCAUCUUCCCCAUCAUAAAACUUCUGAUUCCCCUUUCCUGCUUUAACCAUUUCCUCUUUUCCUUUUACUUAC